UGGCUUUGCUUUAGGUGAUGCUGCUCGGAGACUCGGCUGUGGGGAAGACGUGCAUCUUGGUGCGCUUUAAAGAUGGAGCAUUUCUCGGAGGCAACUUUAUAGCCACCGUUGGAAUAGAUUUUAGGAAUAAAGUGGUGGAUGUCGACAGCCUCAAAGUCAAACUCCAGAUCUGGGAUACAGCCGGCCAAGAGAGAUUCCGCAGUGUAACGCACGCCUACUACAGAGACGCCCAGGCUCUACUUCUGCUCUAUGAUAUCACCAGCAAGACGUCAUUUGACAAUAUCAGGGCUUGGCUCACAGAAAUACACGAGUAUGCCCAGAAGGAUGUGGUCAUAAUGUUGCUCGGCAACAAGUCAGACAUGGCUGCAGAGAGGGUCGUGAAGACAGAGGAAGGAGAGAAGCUGGCCAAGGAAUACGGUGUGCCAUUCAUGGAGACCAGUGCGAAGACGGGAGUCAAUGUGGAGCUGGCCUUUCUCGCUAUAGCAAAGGAGCUGAGGCACAGAGCGACACAGCAGCCAAACGAGCCCAAGUUCCAGAUACACGACUACAUCGAGUCUCAGAAGCAGAAGUCUGGCUGCUGUAGCGGGGUGUAGCUGAUGCUGAUCACCAGGUGGAGAGAGAGAGACACACUGAGAGAGAGAAAGAGAGAGAGAGAGAGAGAGGGAGGCAGGGAGGGAGGGAGCGAGGGAGCGGGAACGAGGUAAAAAUGUCUGCUCACACACAAAAAGCCAAUCUCAGCUCCAAACGUGAGAAGCGGACGCCUUUGACUUCUUCACUGAGCUCUGAGCUGAGGGGGAAUCUGGAUCGGCCGCCAUCCCUUAUCUGAAAUGUGAAUUCAAAUCUGUUUUUAAUGUCAUGCGUAGAAAAAUGUCUGUGGUGUGUUUGGUGACAGUUACAAGUCAGGAGUUACAAUCUGAAAUGCUAUAUUCAUCUGCAGGGACAACGAGAAAAACAGAUUAUUCUCAUUCUGCUCUUAAUAAACAGCUGUUUUUUGUAUGAACAAUCAAUACGACUGUUGAUGUGGGUAUAGCAUUUUUUGCCAUACAGCUCUCAGUUUGUUUUGUCACCAUUUUACCAGACUGUGAACCGAAUCCCCUUUUUUGGCCUUACAUCCUCAUCCUUUAUUCAUUUAGUGUGUUUGAGAAGUGGGCCUCAGUCUCACAGUCAGAUUGUAGCUAAACUAAUCCCGUCUGUUCACAUCUGUACUGCUGUUAGGUAGAAUAAAACCAACAUUUUGAGGUU